GUUUUCCUCGCGUUUGUCGGGGCAAUCGCUCGCCCCAUGGUAUGGCCAUGAACGCUCGCACAGUGUCCCGUGGCCUCCACGAGGAGACGCACUACCAGCGUGUGGCGUAUGAGGAGAUCGAGGACUGCGAGGAAUGCACCGAUGAUUGCGGCUACUCCGUGGAGCGCGAGACAAGGGUGCGCCAUGUUGGCCAGGGCCAAGGCAAUUACACAAGGACGCAGGACAUGCUCUUCGUGGGCCACGGCCAGGGUGCCUACGAAAAGGAGAGAGUGCAUUUCCCUAGGUACAGCUACUGGGCAUUUGUUGGAUGUUGCCUGGGGCUCCUAGCUGUGGGCUUCAUCCUGCUUCUGGGCUACCUCCUGGCGCCCUUGCUGCACAACCGCUCCGGGAGGAGCAUUUCAAUGUCAAUGCCGAGCUUGCCGAGCUUGCCGAGCUUGCCGAGCUUGCCAAGUUUGCCCAGUUUGCCCAGCUUGCCCAGCUUGCCCAGCUUGCCCAGCUGGCAGAUGGGAACUGGCGAUGCCGACUCAAAGUUCGAUUGCGAUGUAGAUCGGAAGAGCUGGGACGUCAGCUGGUCCUCGAAGAAGAAGGCCUUCUGCUGUGCCACGCAACAGCUCGCCUGCGGGCAGUUCGACUGCCGACUGCAGCGCGGCUGGGAAACGGACUGGACUCCCGCCAAGAAGGCCUUUUGCUGCCCCCACGGCUGCAGUGACGCGGGCUGCGACAGGCUCUGCCAGCUGCAAGGGUCGACCUCCACCUGCCGCGAGUGGAUUCAGCGCACCUUCGCCCAGGUGGGCAGCUGCGCGGCUGCUCACAAGGAAGUGCUUGACCAAUGUGCGGAGUGCAGCCAGUGCCCUGCGGCGGGGGGGCUGUGCUACCAGGUGAAGGAGGAGGCCGAGAAAAGUGACGAGCAGGAGGCAGAGGCGAAGCACGAGGCGAAGUUAAAGGCCCAGGAGGAGGCGGCGGAGGCGAAACGAAUGGCCGAGGAGGCCAAACGCAAAGAGAACGCCAAGCGCAGGGCCGAGGAGGCAGCAGAGGCCAAGCGCAAGGCAGAGGAGGCGGAGGCCAAGCGCAAGGCGGAGGAGGCAGAGGCCAAGCGAAAGGCGGAGGCGGAGGCCGAAAGAAAGGCCGAAGCGGCCAAAAAGACGGAAAGGAAGGAGUUUGAAGCAUGGACGCACAACCGUGAUCAGCUACCAUGUGACAAAGGCAAAGAUGGGUUCAUGUGGAGCUUUGAACCUGCGAAUGGGGGACCACUCUGGAGGCAGCAUCCGAUCUCUGACCCUCUUCACACAGCAGCUGGACGUGGCUUCAUGUGGCAGAAAGAGGGAAACACCUGGAAGCAGGUGUGUAUCAACGUGGACUCCGCCGAAGCCCCGCAGGAACCGCCCGGUGCCGGUUUCAUGUGGAGGCAUCGGGAGGAUGAUCUCGGGGCGAUUUGGGAGCAAGUGCCGGUGAAGCUGCGCAGCGCUGGCGGUCGCGACAUCCCCAUGGUUUCGGCGGGCGAAGGCUUCAUGUGGCAGAGCUCCGGCGCCGGCUGGGAACAGGUUCCCUUGUCUCCAGAGCUUCGUCAGAAGACCCGGCCCUGCAACCCGCCCGGCCUGGGAAUGCGCUGGACAUGGGGCAAAGACGCAUGGCGGCAGGAGCCGGUACCGAACUGGCAGCCCAACGCCCUCAACCCCUCGCCCUCGGUGCCUGCGGGCAGAGGUUUCAUGUGGAGCUUCGAGCCAGGGAACGGCUGGGCGCAGAUCUGCAUUCCAGGCUGGUCCGGAGGCCAGUUGCCGAACAUGGAAGCGGGCCUCGGCUUCAUGUGGCAGCAGGCGGAGGGUGUGUGGCAGCAGCUGCCGGUGCCGCGGGCGCUGCAUGGGGACUGCGAGCGGUCGCCGCCCUCGGCGGGCUUUGUGCCGGCAGGUCUGGGCUUCAUGUGGAAGUGCCAGCAGGCGGAGGGGGUUCGCAUCUGGCGCCAAGUGCGGCGCACCACCUGGCGGGAGGAUGGGCCUCACUGGCCACCAAGGGAGCCGCCCGGAGAUGGCCUCAUGUGGAUCUACAAGGAAAACUACUGGCAGCAGCAGCCCAUCGCUGGGUGGAAGUCCAGUGAUGCUCCGAAGAUGCCCGCGGGCGAGGGCUUGAUGUGGAAUCGUGUGGCGCGCAAUGGUGAGGAGGUCUGGGAACAGGAUCUGAUCCCAGACUGGGAGGAGGACGAUGCGGUGCACCCCCCCGCGGAGCCGGCGGGGGAGGGCCUCAUGUGGAGGUACGAGAACAAUGACGGGCACCAGGAGUGGGCGCAGGAGUGGAUCGGAGAUUGGUACGCGGACAGCGCGAACCACCCGCCCACGGAGUACGCGGGGACGGGGGAGAUGUGGAAGUUCAUCUCGGUGCACGGCAACCCGGGAGAGUGGCAACAAGUUGAUAUCCCGGACUGGCAUACCUUGGAUCAGUUCGAUCUGCCGACCACCCCAGCGGGCGCUGGCUUCAUGUGGCAGUUCAACAAGGACAUCGGACGAUGGAUGCAAUUGCCGAUCCCCAAGUGGCGAGAGGCAGACAGUGAAGACAAGCUGCCAUCUGUGCUGGCGGGUGAGGGAUACAUGUGGAAGUUCUACCGGGAGAACGGCGAAAGGCAUUGGCACCAGGUGCAGAUCCCCAAGGUGGAGCUCCUGCGACCGGGGAACCAGCAGCCCUCCCUGCCUCACGGCAAGGGCUUCCAAUGGAAGUACGUGGACAAAGGGAGGGCGCAUUGGGAGCAGGUGCCAGUGCAGCUAAGCUGCACCGGGUUCUUGUGCACCCUGAGGUUCUGGUGAUUCUAGUUGCCCAGCAACCGUUUACUGGACUUGGUUGUUGUUGG